AUAAUUAACAUUUGCUAUUCAAGAAACUUUACAGAGUUUUUCUCAUUCUCUUGACCAUUUUUAACAAUUAAUGUGAACAAAACGAUCAAUCAGCAAGACAAAGCUUAUCAUUCAAAUCUUACUUCUGAAUACAAGACUCAACACUUGACCACUGGAAGAAGGAAAAACUACAGGAAAAGAAGGGUCAGUUAAAGGGUCAAUGAAGAUGAAGACGAUGAAGAUGGACUGGAAAGAAGAUGAAAGAAGAGAAAAAAAAGAAAAACAUUUUUGUCAAGAAAAGCGAAUUUUUAGGUUGACAAAGUUUUUGUGAUCUGCUUACUGUCACAAUAAAAGGACGAAUCAACUUGAAGCUAACUUUCGGUCAACUGAAAUCUGUGAUCGUCUGAUUCAGUUAUCAAGUCAAUAAACAGAAUUAAAGAUUGAUUAAGAAAGAAUUCUACAGCAAAUUAAGGUUUCACUUGGUUCUUGAUUUACCGUUCAAAGCAUAACUAUUUAAUGAUAUAAGUUUAUCUCAACAUUGCUUUCAAUCUGAAGACUUGUCUUUUGUAAAAUAAAUGCAAUGAAAGGUUUAUUAGCGGGAGGCCAAAGGACAUGCAAGUCUCGCCUUAAGAGUGACAAAAUAUCGUCUGAUCGUCUAUUUAAGGGCCAUUUUAAGGCUAAAGAAAAGAUGAAAAGAAGAAAAGGAAAAAAAAGAAAAGUGUUGUUAUAAAGACGGAAGAGGGAUAAACACGCUAGUAAUCCGCUUGCCUCUUUUGUUGUCAAAAAAUGACCAAAAAACACGAAAGUAUAUCUUUGUCGAUAUAAAAUGUACAAGACUUUGUAAUAAUAGGAAAGAGACUUUCAUGUUGCCCAUUUUGCUGAAUGCUUGACUUUAUUGACACCAAUAUGUACUUGAGUGUGUGAAUUAGCGAAGGGAACAAUUGGGCGAAAAUGAAGUGCCAAUAAAAUGAUGACAACCUGAAAAGGCUCAUCAACAACAUAACAUUGCAACUACAACAAUUGCUAUCAAUUCGCGAUUUACAUUUGGUAUUCAUGCUGAGUCUUGAAUUGGUCCGAAAUGGCACUUUAUGGUGAACAAGGAAUCAAUGAAAAGACAAUUUACUUUAAUUUUUUGUCAAAUAUUGACAAACACUGAACACAAGCAAUUGAAGGUUGAAAUGAUUUCUCUAUAAAUCUUCAGCUACUGAGCAUUCGCAGACAGACCAAUGUUAAUAAUCAGUUAACAUUUCAAGUAAAACCAACAGUUUAAAAGCAAACCGAGUUAGAUGAGUUUAUGUCUAAUCCAACAAUUGUUUAAUUUUUCUUGAUCAACAUUUUCAAUCACAUUCUCUUACAUAGACUAUCACAAUUAGACCAACUCUUUAAGUUUAAUCAAUUUUCAUGGUUACUGCCGAUUCAAGUUGAACAAAUACUUUUGACAUUCGGACCAACUUUUACCUUGCUAUUGUCUUCUGUCAACUUUUAUGUUUUAAUCUUCAUCUUUUGCUUCUUUGAAUGUGAAAAUUGUCUUUUCUUCUCUCUCUUCCUUUCUUUAUCUUCUUUUCUCCCUUUCAUCCUUUCUCUCUCCUCUUCAUCUUCUCUCUUCUCACUCUUGUUCAUCUCUCUCAUUUACACUCCUCACUCCUUUAUGGUACAAUUUCAUUCUCAUUUGGUCCACAGACGCACUGUUAUUGUUGGUGUUACACGUUAUGAAUACAUCUUUUGCACCAAGAGACUUUGCUUACACAACUUUUGGUUCAUCUUUGGACUCGUCAAUUAUUCCAAGUCCUGGAAGUGAUUCUUCGUCAAGUUACAGGUUAUCCUCAUCUUCAUCUCCACCAUCUUCAUCCAACAUUUUACCUUUACAUUCAUCUUCAACGAUUCCUUCGGUGACAACUUCUGUGUCUGCUUCUUGUUCUAAUGUGUCUACUCAUGCAUGCAAACUAUCCACCUCUUCGUCGACCAUGAACCAAGGCACCUUAGAUAUUCCAACAAUCAAACAUAAAAUGGAUGAAGAAUGUUACAGUUCUUCGACAGAAACGACGAUUGCAAUUUAACAGGACAUCCUUCGCCAUCUCCAUCUUCACCUCCACCGUUAAUCUCUCAUCAUAACUCUCACUUUCGCCAUGGUUCAGGGAACCUACAAAGUCACCAACAACAACAACCACAACACCACCACCAUCAUCAUCAAUACCAACAUCAACACCACCAAUUACUUCAGCAUCCACAGCAACAGCAACUUCACCACCAACUUCAACAUUCACACGAUUCCCACCAACAAGACCAACACCACAUUCACCAACAGCAACUUCAUCAUCAGAAUCCUUCUCUCGUCUCUAAUGUGCCAAUGUUACCCAUUAAUAAUGUCAGUCGAUUAGCACUUGAUGAUGCAUCUGGUGAUUUCAUUGGUAAAUCAAAUCCAUUUGCUUGGAGUUCACUUACCAAUGACCAGAUAACUUGUGUCUGUGAAGCUUUACUUCAAGCCAAAAAGAUUGAUAAACUUACGCAUUUCCUUUGGUCCAUUCAAGAUUCACCUCAAAUUCAUUACAAUGAAACUGUCCUUCGAUCAAGUGCUCAAGUCGCCUUCAACCGUGGUAAUUACAAGGAACUUUAUAACAUUCUUGAAACACACCAUUUCGAUAAAAGAUACCAUCAAGAACUUCAAUCUUUAUGGUACAAAGCUCAUUACAAAGAAGCUGAAAAGAUGCGAGGUCGAAACCUUUGUCCAGUCGAUAAAUAUCGUCUAAGGAAAAAGUAUCCACUUCCAGCGACCAUUUGGGACGGAGAAGAAAUGAUUUACUGUUUUAAGGAGAGAUCGCGUAAAUUGUUGAAGGAAAGCUACAAAAGCAAUCCUUAUCCGAAUCCAGACGACAAGAAGAAACUGGCCGAAAAGACGGAACUCACAACUACUCAAGUCAGCAAUUGGUUCAAGAAUCGUCGUCAACGUGAUGGGAAACAUCCAAAGCCCAGUCCAAACAAACUGUCCCUUCCUCAAAUUGUCUCACCAUCGCCAUCAAAGCUGGUCCAUAAUUAUGCCGUUGGUUACCUGUGAUUUUACUGACCAUUCAAAGGGAAGCGAAAAGAAGAGAAAAAAAUGUUGAAAUUUUUUCAUGUUCAUCUGUUUAUCUUCAAUCUGUUGCCUCAUUCAUUCAGUAUUAAUCACUUAGGAUUUACUUAUCGUUUUUCAUUGGAAUGAGCAAUGAAUCAUUCAUAUCUCAGGUUUUAACUGAUCAAAGUUAGAAUCAACAUUUUCUCAUUCCACUGAAUUUGAAGGAAAACCUUCAACCAAUCAACCAAACAUGGCUUUAAAAUUAUUAUCAUUUUUCCUCUCUUCUUCUUCUCUUUCGCAUUCUCUUUCGCUUCCUUUGGAUAAAUUCAACAAACUCAUUCCAAUGAAAGGAAUGAGAAUGAUGAACAAUUACCUGCAAUUGAAUGGACAAUCAUUGCAACUAGAAAAUGAUUGAACUAAACAAAAGGCCAAAACAAAAGACGCAACUAAAUCGUUAUGUUUCCACCUUAUUAUAUCUUCUCAGCUGUUUCAUCAGCAUAAUACCAUUGCUCACAACUUUUCAUGUUAAUUUUGAUCAACAAUUUUUUACAUUGCAUAUUAUUUUAAUUACAAUCCUUUUCUUUGUUUUUCUGUAAUUUUUCAUUUCUAAAUUGUCUUUGAUUUCUCGUUUUCCUCUUCUGCCAAUACAAAUCACUCGAAAAAGUGGAUGAAACAAUUUAUAAAAAAAUUGAUAAAUUGAUAAAUUAAAAUUAAAAUCAAAACUUUA